GACUCUAUCUACCCCAACAUGGCGGCAGAUGCCCCGACACAGAGCCUGGAUGUCGAGUUUGAGUGUGACUUUGAAGGAGGUGCUAGGGAACGGUCUGUGUGGGGUCGGCUGCUCCCCUGCUCGGAGUGGCCCAUGGUGAAGCUGGCGCAGGACGAGAUAACAUUUGGCCGUGCUGCCACAAACGAUGUGGUGUAUGCCGGCGUGGGCCAGAUUUCAUCGCAUCACUGUCGCAUCACCACCUACUACAGCGCCGGCCGGCGUGUCUUUGAGCUCCACGAUUUAUCUUCAAACGGCACUUUUAUCAACAGCCACAAGGUCGGGCGUGGCCAGUCGAAGAUGCUGGCAUCAAACGACACGGUGACACUGCUGGAGCGGCAGCCUGGUUCCAGGGCCAUCUCUUAUGUCUUUCAGACCGCAGAGGCGCAUGAGUCCGCCGUCGAUGCAGAAAUCCGCAAGGCUACGCUCAUCGGCUCGUCCGCCGUCGGGGCGUUGGACCAGCCGACGUUUGAGGACGCGUACUGGCUCGACAAGGAGCUGGGCGUGGGUGCAUUUGCGCGAGUGUGCCUAGCGAGCCGUAGGACCGACGCCAAGCUGUUUGCGGCUAAGAUCGUGAACAAGCGCAAGGCGUUGCGGUCCACGGUCCGCGACGGCGCCCUCAUGGACGAGGUCAACAUCCUCAAGUCCGUAACACACCCCAACGUCAUUGGGAUCCAGGACGUGUACUCGUCCCCGACCAACCUCAUUCUCAUCCUUGAGCUUGCUACCGGCGGUGAGCUGCUGGAUACCAUCAUGGCACGCGGAUUGUUGAGCGAAGACGAGGCCCGCCAUGUCUUUGCCCAGCUCGUCGAUGCCGUUGCCCACCUGCACGAGUCUGGCAUUGUCCAUCGCGACCUCAAGCCCGAAAACGUGCUCAUAGCCACGUCCAACUCGCUGGAUAUCAAGAUAUCUGACUUUGGCCUCUCGCGCAUUGUCUCCGACUCGUCGUUCAUGGGCACCCUUUGUGGCACGCUCGCGUACACUGCACCCGAGGUGUUCGAGCAAGGGUCCUGUGGAUACACCUCUGCGGUCGACAUCUGGUCGCUUGGCGUAAUCCUCUACGUCAUGCUCUCGGGCUACAUGCCGUUCUCCGAGCAGGGUGAAACACCGAUCCAGGAAACUAUCUGCAAGGGCAUGUACUCGCUCGACGACGCGAUGUGGGGCUCUAUCUCGUCGGAUGCCAAGGACCUCAUUGCGGCGCUGCUGCAGGUUGACCCGAAAGCGCGACUGACCGCUGAGCAAGCUCGCGCCCACCCGUGGUUGCAGAGCGGUAGCGGCGCGCCGCCUCCGCCAUCGUCACAGCUCAGUGCGCCCACUGCGACCGCCAUCGCACUCGACAACGACACCACUAGAGAGCUGGAUGCGGAAGGCCCGCUGUCGUGGCUGCCCGCUUCUGCGUUUCAGCUCAUGGCUGAGAUUGGCGAGUCCUUGCCGGGGCAGCGGCUGGCGCGGCGACGUUACACCGAAAUGGUUGUCUACGCGCUCGGUGUGCUGGCAGAGCCGAAGGGAUCAACAGUGGACGACAUUGCCGCCACCGUCACAGCCAACUUUGAUGUGCCUGAUGCAGCCCACGUGGCGUGCACCGUGCGGCGAACGCUGAAGCAGCUGCUCAAGGACGGCACGCUGCAGACAAGGCAGCGCGGACGAGUGUAUCUUUUCGCUCAGUCAAAGUUGUCUACACGGGCACGGACGUAACACGCAAGCGAGCUGGAUUGAGUACAGUUUACGGAGCAGC